AUGAGAUCCCUCGGGAGGAAAGGGUGGAGGUGGUGGAGGUGGCUAAGAAAUAUUUAUGAGAAGAAAGGGAACUACUUGGGGUGGACGGUUUUUGUGCAGGAGUUCAUGAAUCAAUGGGGAUCGUCCCCAACCAUAAAUCACCACGGCCAAUUGGCCAAGUUGAAGCAAGAAGGCAAGGUGCAGAAUUACAUUGAUGAUUUUCGCCAACUACAAACAAUGGUGGAUGGUUGGUCGGAGGAGGCCUUGCUCGGCACCUUUAUUGAUGGGCUCAAACCUUGGUUAUCCAAGGAACCAAAGCUCAAGCAGCCCACACGCCUUCAAGAUGCGGUGAGGAUGGCGAAAAUACUUGACCAAAGUGGCUUCAACGACCAGCGACCGGCCAAGGAGAACUCCAACCGCAAGAAAGCCAAACCUUGGCCAUCCAAGUCCCAACCGGCAGCUGCAAGCAUCUCAAAACAGCAACCCCCUGAAGUCAAGAAGCUCAACCGAGAGGAGUUGCAGGACAGCGAGGAUGAGGCUGAAGAUGAUGCUGCUGCAACCUCCGAUAGCAGCACAACCGAUGAUGAUCCCAUCGAAGCCAACUCCAUCAGCCCCAUUCCAAAGGAUGCUGAGUUAUCUCUACAUGCACUCACCGGAAUUCAAAGUCCUUCAACCAUGAGGAUGACUGCAUGGAUCGGCAAACAUGAGGUGUCAUUGCGCGUUGACAACGGAUCCUUCCACAACUUCAUGAAUCUGGGAGCCCUUCAACGAAUUGGUCUUAAAGGGGCAACCACCGAACUCUUUGAAGUGAAGGUGGCGAGCGGUGAAAGGCUUAAGUGCCAAGAAGUUGUCAAGGUCAUCCAACUCAACAUCCAAGGCUUGGAUGUGGUCCUUGGCAAUGCAUGGCUUCGAGGCAUCGGAAAGGUAGUCACCGACUACAAUGCCAUGACCAUGGUGUUCCGGCAUGAAGGAAGAAAGAGGCUAUGGACAACACUCAACCACAAAGAAGUCCAGCCUUGUGAGGCCAAUAUGAUCGAGCGCUUGUGCCGAGGUGGGGCACUAUGCUUCAUAGUGAUGCUGUCCAACCAAGGAGGGGAUGCGGAGGGACCUCAACCGCAGCCAAAAGAUGAAUUGCAGGGCUUGCUACCGCAAGUCCAAAGGCUCCUUGAAGCCCACCGUGGCAUCCUAGAGAUGCCAACCGCGCUUCCACCAAGGCGCGCCUUCGAUCACCCCAUCCUCCUUAAGGAAGAAAGCAAACCAAUCAAUGUACCACCCUACAGGUAUGCUCAUUUUCAGAAGGGAGAAAUCGAGAGGCAAGUGGAAGACAUGCUGAAGCAAGGGAUAAUCCGGCCAAGUACAAGCCCCUUCUCAUCACCGGUUCUCUUGGUGAGAAAGAAGGAUGGGUCUUGGAGGUUCUGCACUGAUUAUAGGGCCUUAAACGAGGCCACCAUCAAGGACCGGUUCCCAAUCCCAACCGUGGAUGAGAUGCUAGAUGAACUCCACGGCGCAAAAUUCUUCACAAGACUUGAUCUCCGAGCCGGCUAUCAGCAAAUCAGGAUGCGCGACGAAGAUGUCCAGAAGACGGUGUUCCGCACCCACUCCGGCCACUAUGAAUAA